AUGCGCCGUUUAGGAAUAUUUCUAUUCUUGGUCUUGGCUUCACAAUAUGCCUCGACAAUCGCGGAUAUUAUUUUCAUCGCUACCUCAACUGACGUUCCUGCUUCUCCAACGGAUACUUCCUUACCGGCAAAACCUUUCGGGUCGAAUAACAUAAAUUCAGCCGUUGUCGUGCCAGUCAUAGUCGCUUCAGUGAGCGUAUUCAUUGCUGUCCUCCUGAUUCUCUGUUUGAGAGUUCCAGUUCCCAAGCGCUUUUUGCAUCCUACGAGGGACGACGAUUCAACUUUAAGGCCGGAAACCUCGCACUCACGGUAUUCCUGGCUUCAUCGAAAACGCAGAUCGAGACCAACUAUAUGGCCUCAUUCGGUAUACAACGGGGGGGAGUUCGAGUCGGGAAAGUGCGGAGACCUGGAGAUGCGAGUCAUGGAAGACAUUCCAGGCUUUCCGGGUCCAUUCAGAAAUGUACCAUUGUCACGGAGAGACACCCAGAAGAUGACGCAGGCAAGGAUGGAGGAGGAGGCAGAAGCUCACAUUAGGGAGAUGCUGGAGAGAAUGAAUCCUGAAGAUAGGGCAUGGGCCUGUGAGCAGUUGAUAUAUGGGCAAGCGGACGAAUUGCGGGACAAAACCAUAGGAGCACCAUUUUGA